AUGGCUACAAAAGUAAGCGUACCAGCAAGCGAUGGUAAACUUCCUGGAACAGGAAAAAUUACACGAUUAGGAACAGUAUUACGCCCACUUAACUCAGAGUACGGAAAAGUAGCUCCGGGUUGGGGUACAACAGUAAUUAUGGGAGUAUUCAUUGGAUUAUUUGCAGUUUUCCUCGUAAUCCUUUUAGAAAUUUACAACCGUUCAUUACUUCUUGAUAAUGUUGGUGUAGAUUGGCUCUCAAGUACUGGAUACUAA